UUUAUACAUAUUUUAUAAUUAUAACAAAAUAUAUUUAUAAUUUGGUGCCAAAAAUUUCAUGUGUUCUGUAAAUAUGCAUUUUAUCUUUGAAAUACUGUUUGCGAUCCAUCGAACAUUCAUUAACAUAUGCACAAUGACAUAUGCUUGCAGAGGCAUUAUGCCUGAAAUUGGAGGAAGACGCCAGAUUAAAUGCGGAUGCACGUUCGUGCACGGGCUCGCUGGCUUCGCAUCCGCGCAGCCGGGAUAUAAAGAUAUCUAACUUUUCUAUUACUUUCCAUGGCUGUGAACUGCUGCAAGACACCAUGUUGGAGUUGAAUUGCAGUAGACGUUACGGUUUAUUAGGUCUAAAUGGCUCUGGGAAGUCUACGUUGUUGGCGGUGCUAGGAAACCGCGAAGUUCCUAUCCCGGAGCAAAUAGAUAUUUUUCAUUUGACUAGAGAAAUGCCUGCAAGCAAUAAAACAGCUCUGGAAUGCGUGAUGGAGGUUGACGAGGAGCGCGUGCGAUUGGAGAAGCUCGCCGAAGAGUUAGUGGACUGCGACGAGGAGGACGCUCAGGAACAACUCAUGGAUGUAUAUGAGAGAUUAGAGGACAUGGCUGCCGACACGGCGGAAGCUCGUGCUGCCCAUAUUUUACACGGUUUGGGUUUUACUGCAAAAAUGCAAACAACUCCUACCAAAGACUUCUCAGGAGGUUGGCGCAUGCGUAUAGCUCUUGCUAGAGCGCUGUACGUGAAACCGCAUUUGUUGUUGCUCGACGAACCGACCAAUCAUCUCGAUCUCGAUGCUUGUGUAUGGUUAGAAGA